AUGAGUGACUACUUCGGACCCAAUCUCGCCGCUUGGGAAAACAUGGACAUACUCACUCACGAGAGCUCGCUCCGUCGGAAUUCAAUGGCACAAGUUUCAAAUGGCGUUCUGAACGAAUGGAUGGAACCCACAUCGCUGACCCUCGACGACGAACCUGGAGAUCACCUCCCGCUCGACCAUGUCUCUAAUACGAUUGUCGGAAACCAGAGGAAGAGUGCUGCCGCAGAGUUGAUUCGGUACUCGGACUCGGUAUUCAAGCAAAAUGGGGUGCAAACCCCAUCGUCACACGUGCAGACUCAGAUUCCCAACAACCUCACACCCAUUGAGCACAUUCAGUACGGUGGCCAAACUACCACCGAUGGAUAUGUUCAGAAUAAUUGCGACGGAGGUAGGGUGGACAACCUGUUGUCGUUUGUGCAGUACCAGAGAACCAACGAUCUUACCGUCUUCAAGGAUGACAACAGUACUGGCACGAAUACCGGCCAAAUGUGUGCGGACAACUUUGACUCGACUUGCAUACGGCAGAAUGCAGAAGACACAUUAUCGAAUGGGCAAUACCGGAUAACAAAUGGAUUCACCGUCGUCGUCGAAGACAUCGAGAACACCUUCACAGAUGCACCACACCAGGUGCAGCCGAUGCCAUCGUCAAAUUACCAUGACCAACCGUUGAUGCAGUCGGUGGUCGAAUCGCAUUCAAAUACCACCAUGCAAUACACCGCUCCUCUUUCUGUGCCUGGAAAAUACGCGCCAAACCAUGAUAUGCUACCGAUGUUCCUGCAGCACGCAGACAUUGUCGCUCCGUCGGUCACGCAAGCCCACCUGCAAAACAGCUGCGGUGCCACCGAGUAUCAAGCCAAUGUCUAUGGUGCUAAUGGCCAAGAGAGCAAUUCAGGCUUGCUGAUGAGCCCAUGUGUAUCGGACCCGGUAGAGCAAGCACAUGAACCGGCCGCAACCGAACCCUACGCCAUCGAACAGAAGGGGGGUCCUUCGGUGAAGGACCCAAGCUUCUCGGUGACGCCCUCUCCGUUCGUCUGCAAGGCUGCGGUUUCGUUUCCGGAUGCUUUCCACACGCCUGGAAUGCACGGAGAAGCAGACGGAAGCUUUCGAAGCGAGCUUCUCCCAGCGUCGUCACAACCUUAUGAGCCACAGGGAGCGAGCAACAUAACACUGUCUCCGAGCCCCUUUGGUGGAAGCAACAGCGCGGCAACGACAUACCCAAGUCAGUUCUGGUCAGCCUCCCAGCAGUCUGGCGUUGCAUCCUGUGACCGGGUAGAAACACAAUCGUCGUCCCAAACGCACCACUCGUUCGACUCUGGAUGGUCGCUCAGGGCCGCCACGGUCCCUCUGCUGAGCUGCACAGCCAGCGGCUCUCGCAGCCAACACCAUAACUUGCUCCGUCCGAAAGAGACCGGCAGCUCAUCUGGUGGGCACCCCAUGCCCGGAUCAGCCUGGUGGAGCGGACAGAGCAUCCCGCCGUACCAGCAGCCACUCCUCUCGGCCGAACCGAAGAAGCCAGGCCGGACCGGGUCCAUGCCAGAGCCCGGCAGGCUCAACGCAACGAAGAGGAGGUUUGAAAAAACAGUGUGCGUGUACUGCAAGAUCAAGAAGAGACGAUGCGAUCGAACAGAGGAAUCGCACGACUGCAAACAUUGCCGACACGCCGAGGACAGGGCGUCAUGCUGCACCCCGUUCUUCUUUAAAGAAAUGGCCGAGAACACGACGCAGUUUACGGAACUGCACGCCCUCCUCCACUCUCUGAUGUCCCAGUUCAGCCUGCGCUACAACGAUGUCAUGGACUUUAACGAGAUGUGCAAGGACCUCGACGCACUGGUCAACCGGCACAACGUCCGGCACAUUCAGGUGAGCGGCGGUCAGGGCUACCUGUACGACCUGGACCUCGCCCAUUGCCGUUCGUUCCUCGGUGCCGCGGCAGAUGACCUCCCACGUCCAACCACUCUGGAGAGGCUGAUUAUAGAUUCCGGACGCCGCUUGCCUUUCCGCUGGCAGGAAUGCGUCCGAGUCCGUGGCUCGGACUGGAUGUCGCGGAACCCCUUGGAGGCGCUUCAUCUGUUUGACGACGCGAGCGAGGCGGCCAUGUUCACACCGAUCCCGAUGCAGGAAGCAUUCGAGUACGAUGGCGGCUUGCAGAAAAGGCUGGCCUUUGUCGGCAUCCUCCUGUCCAUCUUUGUUGGCCGGCAAGUGGAGGUGGCGGCCUUUGCGGACCUCCACGCCAAGCUCUCGGACCAGAAGCAACACUUCCUGGAGAAGGACAUGGACGAUCUGGGGAAGAGGCUGCUCGUGCUGCGCCGCAAUUUCUGGAAGGGCUAUUCGGCCACGGCGACGGACCGCUACGCGGCAGAGACGGAGCUUGCCAGCUACAGCAAGGCGACGACGCAAAUCUGCCGCAAGCUAUAUCUCUGCUUCUGCCUGAAGGGGGAUGUCCUGAGGGGCAAGGGCAACCGCGACGGAGGCAGCAGUCAGCAGCAGACGAGGGCGAACCUCGGAUCAUACCCCAAGGUCUACAGUCAGCAGGGCUUCCAAGAAUGGAUGUGGUCCGGAGACCGACCUUGA